GUUUUCUGAUUCAUCGUUCACGUCAUGGCCGGCGUUCCUAUGACCAACGCCGCCCCAACAGUCACGGCGCCCAUUCCAUCGGAGCAGCCGCAAUCUUCAAUACCGGUAUCAUCCACCAUGCUAGACAGCUCUGCGGCUUCGUGGUCCAGCAGUACCACUCGCUCACUGCCACUUUCUUCCGCCGUCAUUCAGCCGCCAUUCAUCGAUGCGCAGAAUCGCUCUCCGCUUGCAGCGUCCCUAUCACAGCAAAUUGCCUCCAUCCCGUCUAUGGAGUCCUACCGGUUAUUUCAGAUGCCAGAGCCUUUUUCUUAUACACCGACCCCUCUAACUCCUCCACCCAUUGUUACUACCAUGCCUCAGGAAAUAGGCAGUCAAAAUAUGGACUUCUUUGGCCCCACCUUUUCAGGUCAUCAUGGUGUGGCUCCACUGAUGAACGUACAACAGCAAGGUAUGCCUGGCUUUACACAGCCUGCAUCGUUUUUAUCUUCUUUGGCUUCACAACUUGCCUUUUCUACACCCAACGUGAAUAAUAUUGUUACUACACGAUUAUCUGCUGUUGAAGAUUAUUUGCCCUGGCGUACCCAGUUUGAAUCCUUCUUAGUAUCUCAUAGUCUCUUAGGGAUACUAGAUGGAUCCAUUCAGGUACCGCCACCUACUGUUUAUGACCGGGUCAGACGGGAGACUCCGAAUCCUGAUUAUCAUCACUGGCUAAAAAUAGACCAGACUGUGCGUUCUUGGAUUUUUGCUACACUUGCUAGAGAUAUUCUCAUGGAAGUUUAUGACUUAAAAUACUCCAAUUUAAUUUGGGAUCGUCUUCAGAAAAGGUUUAUGGCAGCUUGUCUUUCACGUUCCAUUGAACUUAAAAGAUCGUUGUCUCAUGUGAAAAAGAAAGAGUCUCAAACUAUGGAUCAAUAUCUGUUAGAGAUUAAAAUUAUGGCAGAUUCUCUAGCAGCUAUUAAUUCUCCAGUCAGUGAACGUGAUCUUGUUGAGUAUGCCAUCAUUGGUCUGGGACGUGGAUUUGAGUCUCUCAUUACCUCCAUUGACUACUUUCCAAUACAAGUCACACUUGAAAAUUUACGUCCAGGAAUCGGCUCCAGUGCACCAGGCCUUCAUUGCGGCACCAGCACAGGCCCCAGCACCUGCAGGCCGAGGGGGUGCUCGGGGUGGUGGUCCUCCACGUGGACCAGGUGGUGGCCGAGGAUAUAGAGGUGGCCGACCUCGUGGUGGACGAGGCCGGGGUGGUCGCGGUGGAUACUACCAGCAGCAGCAACCGUAUGGUGCUCAGCCAUACGGUGGAUAUCAUGGGCAGCAGCCUAUUCCUCCACCGCCACGUCCUCCUUCAUUCUCUGGGGUCCCAGGUUUUCCAUCUGUGGAUGCUUCCUACCAAAAUCCUCCAAAUCCAGUUGUUUGCCAGUUGUGUUUUUCUCCAGGUCACUCCGCACUAAACUGUUCCCGUUUCAUUGGCUCCAAUUCUCCCGCUCUAGCUGUUAUGCCCACUGGUGAGACUAAUGACUCGGUUUGGUAUCCUGACUCGGGGGCUUCCGCUCAUAUGACUCCUCAUGAAGGACAACCAAACGGGGGAGCUUCUUCUUCAGGCAACCAAUAAAGACCAUGUUUAUCCCUUCCAUGCCCUUCAAGUCCGAGUUGUCCCUGGUCCAGUUUGGCACAAGCGUCUGGGGCAUUGUGGUGAUAGAGUUCUUGGAAGUCUUAGGCAGCAAAAUUUAAUUUCUAGUUCUUCUUCUUUUUUACAUGAUUGUGUUUCUUGUAAACUGGGUAAAUCCCACAGACUCCCUUUCAAUGAUGCUACUCAUGACUCU